UUGUAUUCAUGCGUUGGUGCAACUUCUUUCUUAGCUUCGUACGUUCAGCUAGCUCAGUAUGAAGAUCACAGUGCGGUCAUCCAAGUCCAUCAAGCCUGACUAUGGCAGCGGCCACCUGAUGGCUCCGGCCACGGCCAACGUCGUCCCGCUCACAGUGUUCGACAAAGCCAACUUCGACAUGCACGUCUCUGUCAUCUACGCCUUCCACCCACCAGCCCCGUCCCAUGACGUCCUCGAGGCCGGGCUCGCCAAGGCCCUCGCCGACUACCGCGAGUGGGCCGGCCGUCUCACCCUGGACGCCAACGGCAAGCGCUGCGCCAUCCUACUCAACGACGCCGGUGCGCGAUUCGUCGAAGCGACGGCCGGCGUGGCGCUCGACAGCGUCAUGCCUCUGCAGCCCACUCCCGAGGUGCUGAGCCUGCACCCGACCGGCGGUGGCGACGAGCUGCUGUUGAUCCAGGCCACGAGGUUCGCAUGCGGGUCCCUCGUCGUUGGCCUGACUGGGCACCACAUGGUCACCGACGGUGGCGGCUGGUGCAACCUCAUCAUCGCGUGGGGUCAGGCCACGCGAGGCGCCUCCAUUGACCCUGUCCCAGUGCACGAUCGGCCGUCCUUCUUCCUGCCGCGCAACCCGCUUAAGAUAGAGUACGAGCACCACAGCAUCGAGUUCAAGCCAUACGACGACCGCAAUAGUACGGCCGGCGGCGGCGACGACGAGGUGGUGGUAGAGAGGGUCCACUUCAGUAUGGACCACAUCGCAAAACUGAAGUCGCAGGCGUCAGCUGUGGCCGGCACGGGCCGGCCGUACAGCACCGUGCAGUGCGUGGUGGCGCACCUGUGGCGGUGCAUGACGCUGGCGCGCGGCCUCGAUGGGCGUGACGUCACCGGUCUGUUCAUCGCAGUGGACGGGCGAGCGCGGAUGAGCCAGCGGGUGCCGGACGGGUACACCGGCAACGUGGUGCUCUGGGCGCGGCCUACAGCCACCGCGGGGGAGGUCGUGAACAGGCCGCUGCACCACCUGGCGGAGCUCAUCAGCGGGGCGGUUGCCCGGAUUGACGACGCCUACUUCAAGUCUUUCAUCGACUUCGCCUGCUCCGGGGCCGUGGAGGAGGAGGGGCUGGUGCCGACUGCUGACCCGGCGGUGACGGUGCUUAGCCCCAACGUCGAGGUGGACAGCUGGCUGCGGAUCCCGUUCUAUGAUCUGGAUCUGGGCAGCGGCCGGCCCUUCUUCUUCAUGCCCAGCUACCUGCCAGUGGAGGGAGGGGUCAUCCUCGUGCCUUCCUUCUAUGGCGAUGGGAGCGUGGAUGCCUACGUGCCCCUUUUCAGCCGCCACAUGGACGCCUUCAAGAACUGCUGCACAUCCGGCCUCCCCAAACUCUGAUUUUUAUCCCGGGAUUGUAACUCUCAGUCAGUCAAUGCGGUAGCCGUCUGAUCUGGUGCGAUAUGAUUCGUACCAUCUUCUGGCGUUGUAUUGCUUUGGUGGUCUUCUGAAUGGCCUUCUAUUUGUGCCUUUGUAUGCACAAGGAGAUGCAUUGUGUGCGUGAGUGUUUUGAAAUUUGUAUUUCGCUUUAGCUACAGGUCAGUCGCCUGAAAAAUUAAGUUAGGGUCACUAUCUUUUUCCA